UUCAACAGUUAUUAAUUAUCCAAUUCUCUAUUUUUCUUUCAUUAACGCCAAUUUAUCGACUAAAAUGUUUAAACAUGGAUGUGAGCAUACUUCGGAUGUUCAUUGUGAACGUUACAAUCGUCUCUCGCAACGUUUAAAAGGCGACCGAAUAAUGCCUAGGGUGAAACUGGUGAAAAAAGUUGUUUUAUCCAGAAAUAUUGGAGUAUCAACAUCAGAACAGAGGAAAAGCUGUUCCACAGGUAUAAUAACCCACAAACAAACAAUCAAUAAGCAAAAGAAAAUGACAAAGUCUGAUUGUAUUUUGGAUCCAACAACAUCGCUAACGAAGCUCGAUUGUUGUAAGAAAUGUGGAGAUACAGACUAUAUACGAAAAGAUUCGACAUCUAGGCAUACAAAUGAAAAAUUAAGCGAUCUUUAUAGUCUUCAAUCGCUGCAUAGAAUUAUUAAUAACAAUAAAGCUAGCAAACAUGACUUCAGAAAUGAUAAAUUAAAACAGUAUUAUAGAAACGAAAACUUUCAAAUGUCAUCGGAAUCUAUUCCUGAUAUUAUGUAUAACACAAAGAAAACCUCCUUAGAAACAAUUAAGGAGCAAUCUGAACAAAUGCAGCCUGCGUCUAGAGAUUCUACAUUAAAAUUGUAUACAGACUCUUCGGUAGAAGAAAUGGGCUUUUUUAAUCCAAAUGACACAGAUAAUUUAAAAAAUAUAAAAGAAUUCCGCAGUGACAAUUAUUUUGAAUGUCAUUCUGUCAAAUCCAGAAUUAAACACAGAAUUGCCAGUGACGACAAACAUAAAUGUGUUUAUAGGUUUUAUUUAAAUGACAGGUUAUUUCCUGUGCCUUUUAAUACAGAUUUUGAAGAGAAUAUAAGAUGCAUGGAGUGCAACUUGCCGUUACAAAAUAAAGAGGAUUUUUCUAACAUCAAUGGAAUGAUACAGGCUAAAGUAAAAUUGAAUGACAAGGUACAGGACACAAUUGUUAUGUUGCCAGUUAAAGAACCUUUAAUUAUAAAGGAAAGAAAGAAAGAUGCAAACACUCGAAAGGAAUUAGAUUCAGUGUACUUUGGUAUUGUUAAAUUGAACUUGAACGGUGAUUCAAUAUUUAAUAAAACACAACCAGAUGAUUCUUUAGCUCUCAAAUAUCAAAAGGGUUAUAAAAAAUUUAGUGAUGAUUUAAAAUAUGAUUACAAUAAUUGUAAUAAUGAUGAUGUUAUCAUAAUUUAACGGCAGUAUAAUUGUCCACAAACCAGGCUUUAAUUUCACCAGGCUGAUAAUGUGUGCAAGUUAAGCAUGGAGACCCAUCAGCUGCAGAUCUGUCUGUUGAGUAGUGGUGACCUUGGAAAUACAUGAAUUUUUAGAUUUUAGCAAACACACUUUGUUCAAGAGAUUGAAGUCAGCUGGUUGUGUGGCGUAUAUCCAGUACAAGUCUAUGUUUCACAUCUUUGUAUGACAAGCAGACAUACUACCACCCUAUAACUAGCGUACAUUUAAAUUUCUGUCUUAUAAGCAUUUCAAGAUAAUGAAAACUAUAAUCUAUCAAACUGUCAAGUAGGUGGAAUAGAAUGAUUUUGUAAUACUUGAAGAGUCAUUACUGCUAAGCCCGCCAUCGGAGCUGCAGCCAGUGCCGGUCACCAUGCUUAAGGAUCUGGUGCUGGCUCGGAGAUUUUAAACCACAUUUUUUUCCGUUAUU